AUGUCAAGGAAGUUGUACGGGCACAAAAACCACAAGGAAACCCGUAUAGCGUUUUGUUGUUACACUUUUUUUCUUUUCUUCAUUGCAGUGUUUCCUGCCAUUGUACUCGCGGCUAGCAAUAAUAAAAUCAUCUGUGAAUUUGAAACAAAACCACUCGCUUGUCCUACUGGAACUACCAUACAAAUUCGGACCGUAAAUUUUGGCAGGACGAAUUCCAUUGUGUGUAAAAAGCACCUUACCAUUGACUGCUACUCUUCGGGGCGCGUGACGGGAUUCGUGGCUCAGAGAUGUAAUGGGAAAGAUAUAUGUCAAGUGUCCGCCGACACAGGGAUUCUGGGAGAAGACCCAUGUCCCAGCAUUCCAAAGUAUCUCGACAUCCUGUGGGACUGCAAUCCUCUCCCAACGACAACCCCAGUAACCACUACCACAGUAUCCAUAACUACCGCAGCAACCAAACAAAAUAAUGGUCCAGAUGUUUGUCACGGGAACUUAGUUUCCGGUCCGCGUGGAGUUGCCGAUAGUCAAAUCACUGCUUCCUCCACGUACAGUAAUACUUCUAAUGGUAAUUACGCCCCAUACCGGGGUCGGCUUUACAGUCCAAGUUUAAACUACCAGAAUGGAACAUUUCUAAACGGAGGAUGGUCAGCCCAGUACAACGACAAAAAUCAGUACAUACAGGUUCAAUUUAACUCCCAAAGUGUUAUUAGAGGAGUAGUUACUCAGGGCAGGAAUAUAGACGUCCAAUCACAAUGCUGCAACGAACACGUGACUAAGUAUACUGUUGAGUACAGCGUCGACGGAGUGAACUUUGGCCCUGUAAAGGACUCUAAUGGAAAUAAAAUAGUAUUUAACGGAAAUACAGACCAAGAGUCGGAGGUAACAAACAUGUUUGGGUGUUCUAUCAUCGCUAAAUAUCUCAGAAUCCGUCCCGUUGCCUGGAAUAACCACAUAUCUAUGCGAUUUGAAGUGCUAGGAUGCCCAACGAAAUCAGACCCAUAUGGUGUAUGCCCACAAGGCUGGAAGGAACGUCCCGGAAGUGACACGUGUUAUUUGAUGACGACACGUAACAUUGAAACGUACAAUGACGCGCGACAGAUCUGUCGUCUGCAGCAGGGAGAUCUUUUGGUGGUGGACGACACACAGGAAGCGGCGUGGGUAAAGCAGGAACUUAAUCAACUCAAAGCAACAUAUUUCCCAAACUUCCUGUACCAAGUUUGGAUAGGAAUGUCAAAUGUUCCUCGCACUGAUUCUCAGAACUUUAAAUGGAUAAAUGGCGCCCCACAUGACACAAACAUAGUGCCUUGGAAAAAGGGCAUGCCUGAUAAUUAUGCCGGGAUGGAACACUGCGGAGAAUUUGUGAACUCUGAACUUAAUGACGUCGAUUGUAAUAUACCAAUUAAUUAUGUCUGCGAGAAGAAAAAAUAUUGGUCUUACCCUGGCCCUGCCACCACGCAAACUCCCCCUCCAUCAAGCAAUUCUUUAAGUGGAGGCGGAUCUGGAAGUUCUGGCACUGGGAGUUCCGGAAGCAGCAGCACAGGAAGUGGAAGUGGUACAGGGAGUGGAACUGGAACAGGAAGUGGAACUGGUACAGGAAGUGGCCUGGGUGGAGGCGGAAGUACUGGAUCGGGGAUAGGUGGAAGUAGUUCUGGAGGAAGUGGAAUAAAUAAUGGAGGAUAUCCCGUCACCACGCACAAGACAACAACUACACAUAGGACCAUCCAACCAACACAGCCCACUACUACAAGGAGUCAGUCAGGACAGUCGCAUUUUACAGGUGCAUGCCACGUGGAAUCUGAUUGUAUUAGAAUCGGUAUCGGGUACCACCAGUCAUGCCGAGGCUGUAACUACUUCCUGAAGUGUCUGCUCAGUGGACCAGCAGUUCAACAGUGUCCUUCCGGUUACUUCUUCGAUAGCAACAUGCACAUAUGUAUGACACAAUCAACGACGUGUUACUAA